UUGGCAAUACUUUCUAGAUGUGAUUUUAAUUAUAGGGUGCGAAAAAAAACAUUUUGCCAAAAGGGAUUGUGAAAUGAUGAAUGGCAUGAUUCGAAAGUGAGAUGUUUGUGUGCAGAGAGAAUAAAAUGUGUUGCCUUUUUUACUUGGGCAGAGCAUUUCUUCCCAGUCGGCUACAACUAUAUGUACAUCUGAGAAGGAGUUCACUGCGACUGGGCUUUGUUUAAACAGAAUUUCCAGUAUCUUUUAUUACUGCUUCAUUGAAAACAUCUCCAGCCACUUCGCCGUUUCCGAGGUGUCCCUGAAGGCAGCGUGACUCUCCACUUCCUGUUUGCUGUAACUUUUCGGUUCCUCGGAGCAGGACGGGGAUCAGCUCGAACAGAAGAAGCUGUAGACUGCAGCCGCAGGAUCAGGCCCUGCCAUGACUCAGCAGGAACAGCAGCAGUUCAGGGAGAGCCUGGAGGCAGCGCUCUCCUGGAUCCAGGAUGUUCAGGACAGGCUGAAGGCCAACGACGACACACAGGGGCCCCGUGACGCCCUGAAGGUCCGACUUGACGAAACAAAGAAAAUCUAUCAGUCAAAACAUGAAGGCCAGAUGAAGCUGGCGGACGCCCAGAUGGCAGCGCAGAGUCUUCUGGAGAGUAAAGAUGAGGAGUUGCAUAGAAGUACCAACGCGAAGCUCAAAGAGCUGAGGAACAUGUGGGAGGAGACGGAACAGUCCAUCACCCACUGCCACAGCCGCAUCGAGUGGGUGUGGCUCCGCUGGAGCGAAUACCUGAAGGCCUAUGAGGAGUUUGUUCUGUGGCUGGAAAAGCAGCGCUGCAGCCUGGACGUGGAUGUGGAGCAGCAGGUGGGAGCCAAGGAGAAGCUGUGGCAGGCGGACCAGCAGAGGGUGCUGUUGAGCGACGUGCGUGGCAAGGCGGCGAUGCUGGAGAGGCUGCUGGAGGAGGCGGCGACGCUGCACAGCACCACCCAGGACCCCAGCGUUGAUUCACAGACACAGGAGAGUCUGCAGGAGUCCUACAAUGACAUCAAAUACAGAAGUGAGGAGCGCCUGGCCCUACUUCAGAGGAUCAGUGAUGAACAUUACGAGUACCAAGACAACGUUGACAAGUUUCAGGCCUUCCUGUUGUCCAAAACCAAACAGCUGACUCAGUUGAUGAUCCAGGACGAGCCGAAAGAGGGAAAACACAAAGCAUUUAAGGCUUUGGAUGAUAGCGUGGCCUGUAAAGAGAAGACUUUGAAGUGUAUUGAAGUCAUUGCUGAUGGAGUUAAGGCUAACACGUCUCCUGCAGGGGCGGAGGCGGUGCAAGAGGAGGCUGAGGAGUUGAGACUAGGCUGGCAGCGGUUGAGGCAGGAGCUGUCUGAAGCAGGGGAAGCCCUUGGCUACAGCCUAGACACCCCCAUUCUGGACCCCCACAGCCCAGACUCCCACAGCUCCCGCUCCCACAGCCAGGACUCCCACAGCCAGGACUCCCACAGCCUGGACUCCCACAGGCUGGACUCCCACAGGCUGGACUCCCACAGCCUGGACUCUCACAGCCUUGGCUCCCACAGCCUGGGGUCCCACAGCCUGGGGUCCCACAGCCUGGACUCCCACAGCCUGGACUCCCACAGCCUGGGCUCCCACAGCCAGGGCUCCCACAGCCAAGGCUCCCACAGCCUGGACACCACCAGGCAGGGCUCCCACAGCCUGGGCUCCCACAGCCAAGGCUCCCACAGCCCGGGCUCCCACAGCCAGGGCUCCCACAGCCAAGGCUCCCACAGCCAGGGCUCCCACAGCCAGGGCUCCCACAGCCAGGGCUCCCACAGCCAAGGCUCCCACAGCCAGGGCUCCCACAGCCAGGGCUCCCACAGCCAAGGCUCCCACAGCCUGGACACCACCAGGCAGGGCUCCCACAGCCAGGGCUCCCACAGCCAAGGCUCCCACAGCCAGGGCUCCCACAGCCAGGGCUACCACAGCCAGGGCUCCCACAGCCAGGGCUCCCACAGCCAGGGCUCCCACAGCCAAGGCUCCCACAGCCCGGGCUCCCACAGCCAGGGCUCCCACAGCCAGGGCUCCCACAGCCAGGGCUCCCACAGCCAAGGCUCCCACAGCCCGGGCUCCCCCAACCUGGGCUCCCACAGCCUGGACUUCCACAGCCAGGGCUCCCACAGCCUGGGCUCCCACAGCCUGGACACCCCCAACCUGGGCUCCCCCAACAUGGGCUCCCACAGCCCAGAUUCCCACAGCUCCCGCUCCCACAACCUGGGCUCCCACAGCCAGGGCUCCCACAGCCAGGGCUCCCACAGCCUGGGCUUCCACAGCCAGGGCUUCCACAGUCUGGACACCCCAAACCUGGGCUCCCACAGCCAGGUCUCCCACAGCCUGUACUUCCACAGCGAGGGCUCCCACAGCCUGAGCUCCCACAGCCUGGACACCACCAACCUGGGCUCCCCCAACAUGGGCUCCCACAGCCCAGAUUCCCACAGCCAGGGCUCCCACAGCCUGGACUCCCCCAACCUGUACUCCCACAGCCUGGACUCCUCCAACUUGGGCUCCCACAGCCAGGGCUCCCACAGCCUAGAGUCCUCCAACCUUGACUCCCACAUCCUGGGCUCCCAUAACUCGCAAUCCCAAAGCCAGGACUCCCUAAACGAGUACACAGACCGGAGCCAGCAACUGCAACGGGAUAUUGGAUUCCUCAGGGAGCUGCUGAAGGGCCUGGACGACGAGCUGGACCACCCUCAGACUUACUCAUACAACAUUGAGGAGCAGAUAGUGGGCAGGUGGAGGAACUUCACGGAUACAAGGACCAAACUGGAAGAGCAGGAAUCUCAGGUGGAGAACCUCAAAUCUCAGCUUAAUGAGCUCUUCAAGUUCCCAGUGGACUCUCGCUUCCUCUCUGAAAAAGUGCUGGCCUUGGACGUUGAACUUCAGAGUGUAAAGUCCAGAGCAACCCGGCUGUGUUCGGAGUCUGAGUCCAGGGCGAGGAGCCUCCUGCAGGAACCGCUGCAGGAAUAUGCCAACUGGAGCCGCGACGCUUCUGAGGCUUUGGAGACAUCUGCAGGCAUCAGCGACUUCUCACAGGUCGCAGAGCCUGUCAGAAGGAUGGAGCUUUUGCUGAGGGAUAGUAAUGAUCUACAUGACCGUCUCUGUAAGCUGGAGCAGAAGGACAACCUGCUCGAGUCCUUGUUUGAACCGGACAAAGCCAGCGACUUGCUGGUGGAGCUGAGCGACGCCAUCCGACGGCAGGAGCUGCUGAACGACCAGCUGCUCCAGGAGAAGGACCGGCUGCAGGGUUUAAUUUUGGAAACCAAAGACUUUGAUGUUGCAUAUAAGCAGCUUGAUGCCAAGAUGGCCGCUUUCAGGAAGCGUCUUGAGGCAGCCGAAGUCCCGCAGGACGACAUCUUUGCCCUUCAGAGCCAGUCGCUGGAGAUACAUGCUCUUCAGACGGACAUGAAGGACUUUAUGGCUUACUUGACGGCUCUGGGGACGCUGGUUUCCACCAGUGAGGAAAACAAGAACCGGUUGGAUGGGCUGGUGGAUGACUGGCGUGAGCUGCGGGGGCUUUCUGAGGUGACGCGACUUGAAAAAACUCGCACCAUGUCAAACCACAAGGAUUCCCUCCGUCUAAAACUUGGAAAAGAUUUUUUUAACAAGACCAAGAAACCAUGGUGGAAUCUUGAACCCAGAUCUUUCCUGAAGCCUAGGCUGCUGGCGCGGGUGUGCCGCGUGGCUCUCCUGCUGUGGUUCCUCCUCCUCGCCCUGCUGCUCCUCGCAUCCUUCCUGUUGCCCUUCGUGGAUGAAAGCAACAGUUGCUCCUUCACCAACAACUUUGCCCGCUCUUUCAACAUCAUGCUGCGCUACCACGGGCCGCCGCCCACAUGAGGAGAGGCAGAGCCCACGCAGGCGCUGGUGUCUGAGUUUGCAGGUUCAAACUGCUUUAGGUUUCUCUUUUUUGUUCCAGCAAAACAUUGUUUCUGUGUUUAAAGAAAAAAACAU